AUGUCAUUCUCAUCCGAAUUAAUGAAUCAAGCUGUGAUCGAAGCAUGUAAUGGUGUAGAAUGUGGUGAUGGUGGACCAUUUGGUGCGAUUGUUGUCAACACAAAAACCAAUGAAAUAUUCGCGAGAGGACAUAAUAUGGUUUUAGUCACAAAUGAUCCAACAAUGCACGCGGAAAUGACGGCAAUCAGAAAUGCGUGCAAGAAAUUGAAUAAUUUUGAUCUCAAGGGUUAUUCAUUGUAUACUUCGUGUUAUCCUUGUCCAAUGUGUAUGGGAGCUUGUCUUUGGGCAAGAUUUGAUCAUAUUUAUUAUGGAGCCACUGCUCAACAAGUGAGUUUUCUUUGGGUUUUUUUUUGCAGAGAAGAAACUGCUUUGUUAGUCAUUUCUUAUCGAAAUAAUUUUUGCAGGCCGCUGAAAUAGGUUUCGACGACAAAGCAUUCCAUGACUUCCUAAAGGAUCCAAAAAGUGACAAUAUUCGAACAUUACAACAUCUUCCAGCUGACAAUUAUCUUCUACCAUUCCAAAUGUGGUCUAACAAACCAGACAAGAAACAAUAUUGA